AUUUUGUAGAAUGGUCUUUUUCCUGGCAAUGCCAAAGAAGUCAAGAUCUAUUCAGAACAAAUCAGUAUGGUUUUUGAGGUAUUGAGUGUGAAUAGGUUUUAAAAUGGUUUUCAAAUUAUUGGCUUACAUCUACAUACUUUCAUUUGUGACAGACAAUGCUUUUGCGCAAUUGACUUUGGGCAACAAGGGGCAAACCAAAGUCACUGCAGCCACAAGAGGACAAAACCCAAAAUGUGCAGCAAAUUCAGGACUGACUUUUUGUGAAAAUAUCAACGACUACCCUUACGAAUUGGUGUUAAACGCCAUCAGAAAAUCUAACAUUGAUGUCAGAAGACUGCUUGUCGAUGAGUCGAAAGAUGAAGGACCAAAUCUGAGUUUCGUAAACUCAGCACGAGAUUACCGACAAUUACCAGCUCCAAGACUGUUGGAUUCUGAUAAACGCAUCACAGAUGCUUUUUUCAACCAACUGUCGAUUUACUAGAUGCCAUACGUAACUGAUUGAGUGCCAGACAGUGUUAGUGAUUUAUUUAUAUUUAUUUCGAUUAAAUUUAAUUCCAGUUUGGCGGCCUUAACAGUUAUGCAAUCGUUAAAAAAUAACGAUCGUCUUCUUCUUGAUUUUAAGCGAAUCGUCUGUUCAAUUAUCGUUCGCUUGCGUGAGGCUGUCGCUCCAUCGUUUGCUGCUGAAAAUAUCGUCGAUUAUUGGAAUAGGGUAAUAAUAAUCUUGAAUGUAUUUGUUCAUGGUGAUGUUAUAAGCGGCACACAAUCUGAGUCUGCCAUCCUUCCGCAUGAUUGGAACUACUGGAAUGGACCACUUUUUCUGUGACACCCAGGAUUUCCAACCGAUCAAGUUCUUCUUCCACUUUAGCUAGCAAUGCGUAAGGUACUGUACGUGGUUUGAUAAAAAUCGGCUGUGUAUCCGGAUCUUUUAAUAUAAGGCUAUACGUAUAAUUCGGAAUUUCGCACAGGGUUUCCGUUAGUACGUCAUCGUAUUCCUGCAGCAAUACUUGUAAUCGUGAAUCGUCGACACAAUUCACUGCGUGAUGAUUGCGUAUUUUGUUUACUUCAGACCAAUCCAAUCGUAUUUUUCUCAACCACCACUAAAAACAGCUUCGACAUUCGUGUAUGUACGUAAUUUUACGCAUGUAGGAUUCAUAGGACAUUCACUAUCACUAUCACCAAAGCAUGCAAAGAAGUUCCUGCUAUUGCUUUGCUGCAUUUCUUAAGCUGAGCCGGUUAAAAACUUAAUUAAUCAGAUAUUUAGCAUUAGCAGAUUUUACUCUAUCUCUACCGCCUAAGCUUCAUGCCAAGGCCCCAAAAACUGUCAAAAUAAUUAAAACUACUUCUCCACUUUUCAUUCGGGGUUUGUCACCGAUCUGUUGCUUUCCUGGCAAAGCGAUGGAUCAGGACUUUAUGUAUAAAACACUGUCGAUUGCCAUUAAAUAAUAACGUAAUACAGUAGUAUUACCUUGAAUAACGGUUUGUACACCAAAUAAGACCACCAAACUGUUCAACAAGUUCGGAAUACAGUUUAAGGAAUAUAGCCCACAAUUGUAACAUUAGUGAUAGCCUUAUUAAAUAAUAUUAUGUUGUACUGUUGACAACAAAAUAAAACCCGCUUUAUUAAUUUUAA